AUGAACGAUGACGAAGUGCGGCAGAUGGUCGAGAACAAACGUAUUAGUGUCCCAACGCUGAUCAUGUUGGAGUCUGUUUGUCAGAUGAAGGGUAUUGAUCAGGAGAGGCCGGGCUUUGCCUUUGCCAACGCACUCAAGACGGUGAUGUGCUGCACCAUGCGGGUGACGCGGGAUUCCUCAUGGCACGAGUCUGCAUCAGGAACUGGAGUUGCUCGUAAGUUGUGGGCUGUCCACAAAGGAGGCUCUUCAGUCGGCGACGAUACUUUGGUACACUACUUUGGUCGGCACACUACUUUGCCGGCACACUACUUUGGUCUGAAAGACCGUGGAGUUAUCAAGCUAGGAUAUCGCGCCGAUUUAGUCUUGAUUGAUGGAAACCCUAUCGAUGACAUCAAGGCUACCCGAUCAAUCAAGAAGGUCUGGGUAGCCGGUCAGGGAUUUGUUCCUUCAACGACCAAAUGA